AUGGUCGAAAUCAAGCGCAGUGACCUUGACUCCCAGGAUGCGCUCGCGGCGCCCGGAUCUGCAGAAGCCAGCCCAGAUGAUAGCAAGUACAGGCUUAUCUACAGCAAGUCCAAGGUGUACGUCAAUCCUACCGCAUAUGCGCGCGACAAUAUCCCGGGCUUCGUUGCCCUCGUGAAGAAGGAAGCAGCGCAGCCAAUAUACCUCCUCGCCUGGAUCCCCGAGUCUCUCCUGAACGAGAAGGGGCCCACGGAAUGGGACAAGUUUGCCAGAGUUGAGGAGCAUUCGGUCACGGAGGAUGAGGAUGAAGAUGCUGUCCUCAUCGACCUUCCCAUUCAGAGGCCAGAGUCAUAUGCGUUCUCUGUUCCCCUGACCUCAAUAUACUCCCUGAUCGUCAGCCCUCCGUCUCUCUCUUCAUGGUACGGCUCCAUUGCAAUCAACCUCAUUAGCGGGUCAACGCUGCCUACGCUUCACUUUCACGAUGACGAGUCGCGCUCUUUCACCUUGCCCGCCAAGUCUCCUGUCGAGUCGCGUCCAAUGUCCUAUCCACCGCCGCCCUCAGAAUCGGCGCCCAAGGGGAGUACAUGGGGUGGCGAAAACCUGCUCACCAAGCUCCGGUCCUACUGCCACAUCUUGCGCUCAUGUCUGCAGUCUAACCUCUACUUGAUUGACCCCUCUCGAGACGACAUUGAGACUCAUUCGACGCCUCUCUUCUCUGACGAUGCCGUUGACGACAUCUUGGCUCAGUCUUCAUACGCGAACUCCCACUCUCCUAUCCCCGCUCACCGCCGGCCAAGACCCCUGUCGACGACAAAUAAUCCGUACUCUGAACGAUCUUCCAUUCUACACAAAUCCCUCUCGCCGGUCUCGACCUCGUCGGCUUCUGCCUCGCCAGCCCGUCUUGCACUCUUGCAGUCAUUCUCCCAGAUUACACGACACGCAGCUCACGCCGCACAGCACAUUCUCUCCCACCCUUUAGCGAAACCGAUCAUACCCCACCUCCCUGACCCAGUGAGGAGUCUCGUUAACGCGAAUGGCGACCUUGAAUGGGGCAGCUGGGUUGAAAAGGGUGGGGUUGGCGAGUUCGAGAGCGCGCGGGUGUACCUGGCGAGGUGGGCACGGAUUGUGGCUGAGGAGGGCGAGCGGGCGCGGUUGCGCGAGGCUCAAGCGCUUCCUGCCGGGACGUCGGACCUCGCGGAGGAGGACUCGUCGCUGGGCAUAUUUGAGCUGCUGCAAUCUACGACAAACCUGCCGAGACCGAAGUCGUCGAGGGACCCUCAACACCCAGUAACAAAGGAUACGUGGAGCAGUUGGUUUGAUUCUGAGGGGGUCCCGAAGAUUCGGAAGGAGGAGAUGCGAAGAGAGGUAUUCCGGAGGGGUGUUGUGUCGGACAUCCGGAAGGACGUCUGGCCGUUCGUGUUGGGCGUUCAUAGCUGGGAAGAUAAUGCCGCCCAACGGACUCGUGACUGGGAAACCAAGCGCGAGCAGUACCGCGCACUCAAAGAUGAGUGGUGGGGUGUUCCCGAAGUGUUUGAACGACAAGACAUCAUUGAGGAGCGACAUCGUAUCGACGUCGACUGCCGACGUACGGACCGUACACAACCUCUCUUCGCGCAGACAACACCGUCGACCGAAGACACCGAGAACGAGAAGGGCAUGCACAUGCGGUAUUCCACGAUCUCGCCACAGCUCGGGGACAUCGGCGCGCAAGCACCCACGAACGAGCAUAUCGAGCGGCUCGCGAGUGUCCUUCUGACAUACAACUUCUAUGAGAAGGAACUUGGUUAUGUUCAAGGGAUGUCCGAUUUGUGCGCGCCUGUCUAUGUCGUGAUGGGCGGCGACGAGGAGAUGACUUUCUGGUGCUUCGUCGAGAUCAUGGAACGGAUGAAACAUAACUUCCUCCGAGAUCAGAGUGGGAUGAAGAAGCAACUGUCUACCCUGCAACAGCUGAUCUCUGUCAUGGAUCCGGAAUUGUACCGUCAUCUCGAGAAAACUGACGGUCUAAAUCUGUUCUUCUGCUUCCGGUGGAUUCUGAUCACUUUCAAGCGGGAGUUCCCAUUCGACGACGUCCUCCGGUUAUGGGAGGUCCUCUGGACAGACUACUACAGCACGCAGUUCGUGCUCUUCGUCGCACUGGCGGUUCUCGAGUCCCAUCGUGAUGUCAUUCUCCGAUAUCUGGUCGAGUUCGAUGAGAUCCUGAAGUACUGCAACGAACUCAGCAUGUCGAUUGAGCUCGACAGCACGCUCGCACAGGCGGAAGUCUUAUUCCUUUCCUUCUCUCAGCUAGUCGCCGACAUCGACCGGAAGGCGGCAGAGACAUCGUCUUCGGCGAAGAACAUCAGGCGACGGCGCACCGACAGCGUGAGCGCUGCCCCGCCAGUGGAGAUCAAGCGAACGAUCAUUAGCGAGGAGCUGCGGGAGCUCUUGAAAGCAGGCCAGUGA